AUGUUUCAUGAGGUGAUUUAUCUUAUAGCUAAAUCUCAGAAGCAUACCUCACUUCCAUUGAGAUAUGAUGUUUCCCUGGAUAUAAACACACGAGGGCCCAGUAAUCUCAUGGGAUUCGCCAAGAAAUUCAAGAAACUGAAGUUUUUCUUGCAAGUGUCCACAGCUUAUGUGAAUGGACGAAGGCAAGGAAGGAUCAUGGAGAAGCCAUUCACAAUGGGAGAUUGUAUAGCAACUGAGAACUUCCUUGAAGAAAAAGAGAAAAGCAUUAGACGUCGCUCUGGCCUUAUAUUGGAAUUUUCCGCAAUUUCCUGUGACUCUGUUGAUAAGCUGAGAGAUUCUGUUGAUGUUCCUGGUGGAGUCGCACUGCUGUUCGUGGUGAAAAAUGACAUGCUAGAGAAGACGGCGGCGGUGGAAAUGAGAGCGUCCAAAAUCUUCCCUGAGAGCCACGUGUUUGAUGAACGUAACGAGUUGACAGUUAAGAAGCACAACCGUCGCUAUCAUCCGUCCAUCGACCCAAUGUCCGAGCUCAGCCUGCACUUGCAUGUGUUCUGA